AUGCGAAGAGGUAGACGUGGAAGAGAUGCGUCCACCUCUGUCCUCAUCCUUGAAAAGAUUGAGAAAGGAACACGAAGAGACAAAAGGAGAAAAAAUCAAAAGAAAGAAAAACGAAGUGGACGUAGUAGCGGGGAUAACGCCAUGGAGAACCAAAGUCCCAAUUCGUCCCUGCUUCACCAACAAAAAAUAGGCAAGCAUCACAAGGAUCCUCCCUGGUUCUCCUUUUAUAAAGCUCCGCUGUCCCCACUUCACAAGACCCCUCCUUCCAACACACCCACUCCCAGCACAUCUGCGACUGAUAGCAAUACCAAUCCAUACAGCGCCAGCCCUUCUUCCAACAUCUCUCCUCCCUACAUAGACAAGACGCGGGGCGCUAGGGGAGGCUCUUUCCUGAUUUAUAAUAUGCUAUCUUUACGUUUCUUUCUUUCGUUCUUUCUUCAUGUUUUCCUUUCUUUCUUCCUUUUUUCUCCUUUCUUUUUUUCUAUCUUUCUUUUUUCUGUCUCUAUUUUAAUCUCCAAUGAGAAAUCCUACUUAUUUUUCUCUGUACAUAUCUCUAUAUUUUCUGCUUUGUCUUGUCUUGAAAUUUUACUACUCUCUUCAUUUGUGUCUUUGUUUGUUUGUUUGUUUGUUUGUUUCUUUCUUUCUUUCUUUCUUUCUUUCUUUCUUUCUUUCAGCUUAUUCUUCUCUUUUUAA